UUCGUUUAUAUAUAUAAAAGUUCCAACAAUCUUCCUAUUAAGUAUGAACUCAAAGAGCCCCCUUUCCCGUCUCACACGCUAUGCUGAUUACACCGCCCUUCCUUUUUCUUUUAACUUCAACCAGCCUUCCUUCGUUUAUAUAUAUAAAAGUUCCAACAACCUUCCUAUUAAGAUUUAACUCAAAGAGCCCCCUUUCCCGUCCAGUCACUUCCCCAAUUUCAAGUUUACAACAACCACCUUUUUAUCCAUGGCUGCUCAAACCCUUCUAUCACCUUCUGAACAUCGUUGGAAUUACGAUGUCUUCUUGAGUUUUAGAGGUGUAGACACUCGCAAAACCUUCAUCGAUCACCUCUACACCACCUUGGUGCAUGCCGGAAUUCACACCUUCCGAGAUGAUAACGAGCUUCGUAGAGGGAACCACAUCUCUAACGAACUGCUCAAAGCUAUUCAAGGUUCAAGGGUUUCUAUUGUGGUUUUCUCUAAAGGCUAUGCUUCUUCCAGUUGGUGCCUUGAUGAGCUUGUGGAGAUCUUGCACUGUAAGAAUACCAUAGGCCAAACUUUUCUUCCCAUAUUUUAUGAUGUGAACCCCUCGGACGUGCGAAGACAAACCGGAUCUUUUGCCAAAGCAUUUUCUAGGCACGAAGAGCAGUUUCAGGAGGAGAUGGAGAGGGUGCAGAAGUGGAAAGCAGCUCUUACUGAAGCUGCAAACUAUUCCGGUUGGGAUAUCCAAAACGUUGCAAACGGGUACGAAUCAAGGUUCAUCAAGAAAAUUGUUGAAGAAGUUUUGCAUAAAGUGAACAAUGCUUGCUUGGAUAUUGCCAAACAUCCAAUAAGUAUAGAUUAUCGUGCUGAAAAGAUUAAAGCUUUAUUAAAUCUUCGAACAAGUGAUGUUCGCAUUGUAGGCAUCUAUGGCAUGGGUGGAAUCGGUAAAACAACCUUAGCCAAAGCUGUUUAUAACCAAAUAUAUAAUGAGUUUGAAGGAAGCAGUUGUCUUUUAAAUAUUAAAGAAAGUUCCGAACAACUCCAUGGUUUAGUUCAUUUGCAAGAACAACUUCUUUCUGAUGUCUUAAAAACCAAGAACUUGAAGAUUGCCAAUGUUGAUAGAGGAAUCAAUUUGAUUAAGGAAAGAUUUCGUUGUACAAGAGUUCUUGUUAUCCUUGAUGAUGUGGAUCACUUGAAACAACUCAAUUCAUUAGCUGGAAGCUCUGAAUGGUUUGGUCCAGGAAGUAGAAUCAUUUUAACAACUCGAGAUGAACAUUUGUUAACCGAACUUGAAGUGCAUGAAAAAUAUAAGGUUGAGGAAUUGAAUCAUGAGGAAUCUCUUCAACUUUUUAGUUGGCAUGCCUUUAGGAUAGCUCAUCCAAUAGAAGAUUACCGAGAGCUUUCAAUUAGUAUAGUUAAUUAUGUGGGAGGGCUUCCAUUAGCUCUUGAAAUUUUGGGUUCCUCUCUAUCAGGAAGAAGCACUAUUGAGUGGAAAACUACAUUGGAAAAAUUACAAAAACAUCCUCACCAUGAGAUUCAGAAAAUACUUAGAAUGAGCUUUGAUUCACUAGAUGAUGAUACUGUGAAGGACACAUUCCUUGAUAUUGCGUGUUUCUUUCUUGGCAUGGACAAAGAUUAUGCCAUCAAAAUAUUUGAUGGUUGUGGUUUCUUUCCGGAUAUUGGUAUUAAUAUUCUCAUUGAGAGGUCUCUCGUGACAAUCAAUGACAAAAAUGAGUUGAGGAUGCAUGAUUUGAUUCGCGAUAUGGGAAGGGAGGUUGUUCGAGAAAUGUCACCCAAGAAUCCUGGAAAACGCAGUAGAUUGUGGUUUCGUGAGAAUGUCUUAGAUGUGCUUAACAAACAUCUGGGAUCAAAAGCAAUAGAGGGUCUCAACCUAAGUCUACCUGCACUUGAAGUUGAAGAUGUAUAAUUGAAAACUGAAGCAUUUGCAAAGAUGAAAAAUUUAAGAUUGCUCCAAAUCGAUGGUGCAUAUCUCAUAGGAUGCUAUGAACAUCUUUCCAAAGAGUUAAGAUGGCUUCACUGGCAUAAGUGCCCUCUGAAAUUUCUACCACCAAAUUUCCACCUAGAGAACCUUGUUAUUCUCGACAUGCAGCAUAGUAAUGUCAAACAAGUUUGGAAAGAGAACAAGGUACUCAACAAGUUAAAAGUUCUUAAUCUCAAAGGUUCUAAAUGUCUCACCCAAUCGCCAAACUUCUUACUAGUCCCACAUUUGGAGGUGCUGAUACUUGAAGGUUGCACGAGUUUGGUUGAGCCUGCCUCAUUGGAUCGGUAGCCUCCCUAAAUUAGAAAGACUUUGGUUGGAGGAGUGUACAAGUCUCCAAUCAAUUCCAGAACUUCCUGCAAGUUUAGAGGAGUUGUAUGCACGUGGCUGCUCAUCAUUGCAGAGACUCCCAAAUGUGCCGAACCAGGAAAGAUUAUGGACAAAUUUUUUCAUGGAGAGAUGUGACGGUCUAGCAUAUGAUUUCAGGAAGAGUCUUCUCCAGUACUUGUUCGAGUGUGGUGACCGGUAUCGUUACAUUGUGCUCCGUGGUGAUGAGGUUCCAAAUUGGUUCGGCCAUAAGAGAAAUGGAUCUAAAUCGAUAUCCUUUCAACUACCUUCACUUCCAAAGGAUCAAAUCAAGGGGUUAUUUAUUUGUGCUGUUUGUGGACAAAGUGCAGAUAAUUUCGAGGAGAACGUGGUGUCCGUGGGGAGCCCUAUUGAGAUUAACAACCGCCGUUUGAAGCCAGACACACAUCCCUAUUUCUUGAUUCCUGUAACGCUUAAGAGAGAGCGUUACUGCUGCAUAAUGUAUAUACCCAAUCCAUUUACUGAAGAUGAGAUAGCAAGUGGAAUGGAAAUGACGAUAUCCUUGGUUGGGACACUCAUUGAAGUGAAGGAGUUUGGAAUUCAUCUAGCCGUUGAUGAGCCAAAUGCAAUAAUGGAUUCCGAAUAUUCAAUGGAUAUGGCGUCCGCCAAUUAAGAGAGGUCGUGAUGAUCAUGACAAUGAGGCCAGAUCAAGCAAUGAUUGGUAUAGUGACGAAAACUGCCAUAAAAGAUCAAGGAUCGUUGACUCUGAAGCGUAAGAAUGAAAGGACUUGUUAAUAUGUUUAUAUAUUCUAAAUAAAUUGAAUUUUGUUUGUAUGUAUAACAUUACCCUUCCUACAUCUUGUAUAUGACCAGUAUCAUGAACAUUCCAAAAAGUUAACACCUAAUGUAUGCUUCAUUAGAUUUGUUUUAUAGAAAACUUCACUUAACCA